AUGUCUCUCGCCCGCUCCACCGCACCCCUUGUCUGGAUUGACUGCGAGAUGACAGGUCUCAACCCUCGCACAGACAAAAUCCUGCAGAUAUGCUGCUUCAUCACCGACGCGGACCUCAACCUUCUCGAACCCACCGGUUUCGAAGCCGUAAUCCACCACCCCGAGUCCGUCCUUGAUAACAUGAAUGACUGGUGCAUCAAGACGCAUGGUCAAUCGGGGCUAACAGCCGCCGUGUCUGCGUCGACCACUACCCCAACGGCCGCCGCAGAGGGUCUCCUUGCCUAUAUCAAGAAGCACGUCCCGCGGGAAAGGACAGGGCUGCUUGCGGGCAAUAGUGUCCAUGCGGACAAGGAGUUUUUGGCCUGCAAGCCAUAUUCAAUGAUCCUGGAGUGGCUACAUUAUCGGUUGCUCGAUGUGAGUUGUUUUAAAGAGGCGGUCAUGCGGUGGGGGGAUGAGGAGAUGCUAAGAGAUGCUCCGAAGAAGGCGUGUGUACAUCUGGCUAGGGAGGACAUUCUGGAAAGUAUCGAGGAGAUGAGGUAUUAUCGACGGGUAUUGUUUGGGAAGAAGUGAUGAGUGGGGAUAUAUAUAAAUUAUAUGCACUCUGUGAGGGUUGGGAGGGAGUAGGUGGUGACGGAUGAGAUUCCGAAAUCGACACGAGGAUUUCUCAUGGAUUCUUAUUUGCGGAUUUAUGCUACGAAGCUCUAUCGACUCAAUAUAGUAGUUGUAAUUGUCCCUACAAUUGCAGCAUUCGUCUCUUUUGCUUUUUGGCGGACGAGACACGGGGAGAGGGUUUGGCAGUAGCUGGCGGCCAAUA